AUGUUGGCGGACGACGAGGAGGAGCUGAAAGUCCCGGAGGAGAUGUUCAAAGACGUCAAGUUCUUCGUGGUGGGAGACAUCGACCCCAAGGUUAUCCAACUUCUGAAAGCUGGGAAAGCAAAAGAAGUUUCUUACAAUGCACUGGCCUCACAUAUUAUUUCAGAAGAUGGGGACAAUCCAGAAGUUGGAGAAUCUCGAGAAGUUUUUGAUCUCCCUGUGGUAAAGCCUUCCUGGGUGAUCUUGUCUGUUCGCUGUGGAGCUCUUCUGCCUGUAAAUGGCUUUUCUCCAGAAUCGUGUCAGAUCUUUUUUGGAGUCACUGCUUGUCUCUCUCAGGUUUCAUCUGAAGACCGAAGUACGCUGUGGGCUUUGAUUACUUUUUAUGGAGGGAAUUGCCAGCUGAGCCUCAAUAAGAAAUGUACUCAUUUGAUUGUGCCUGAGCCAAAGGGGGAAAAAUAUGAAUGUGCUUAUAAACGGGACAGCAUUAAAAUUGUGACUCCAGACUGGGUACUGGAUUCUAUAGCUGAUAAAAGUAAAAAAGAGGAGACUCCUUAUCAUCCUCGUUUAAUUAUAUACGAGGAGGAAGAAGAAGAGGAGGAGGAAGAGGAGGAAGAAGCAGAAAAUGAAGAACAAGAUUCACAAAAUGAGGCUAGUACUGAUGAAAAAUUAUCAAGCCCAGCAUCUUCUCGAGAAGGAUCGCCUUUGGGUGAUCAAGCUUUUUCACCAAAAUCUACUACUGCUGAUAAGGCAAAAGGGGAACUGAUGUUCGAUGAUUCUUCCGAUUCCUCUCCAGAAAAGCAAGAAAGGAAUUUGAAUUGGACACCAGCUGAAGUCCCACAGGCAUCUGCAGCAAAGCGUAGGUUGCCUCAAGGGAAGGACUCCGGGUUGAUUAAUUUGUGUGCCAAUGUCCCACCAGUGCCAGGUAACAUUUUGCCUCCUGAUAUGAGAGGCAACCUCAUGGCUUCAGUACAAGGUGCCCAAAGUUCUGACCGCCAGGAAAUGAUGGCCACGUGGAAUCCAGCCGUGCGGACGUUAAGGAAUAUUACUAAUAGUGCUGAUAUUCAGCAGAUUAAUAGACCAUCAAAUGUAGCACAUAUAUUACAAUCACUUUCAGCACCUACAAAAAGUUUAGAACAGCAAGUAAAUCAUAGCCAACAGGGACAUCCAAAUGUGGUGCUGUUUAGUCAAGUGAAACUAACACCAGAGACACAUUUAUUGCAGCAGUCACAUCAAGCACAGCAGCAACAGCACCAUCCUCUUUUACACCUUCAACCUCAGCAACUUAUGCAGCUCCAGCAGCAGCAGCAGCAGCAACCCCAGAUCUCCCAGCAGUCUUUCCAACAGCAGCAGCCUCACCAGUUUCCCCAGCAGCAGCAGCAGCAAGUCCAUCAGCAGCACCAGUUCUCCCAGCAGCAGCUCCAGUUCCCGCAGCAGCCGCUCCACGCGCAGCAGCAGCUGCACCGCCCUCCGCAGCCACUCCAGUUCCAGCAACAGCAUGUGCUGCAACAGCAGCUGCAACAGCUGCAGCAGCAACAGCUGCAGCAGCUGCAGCAGCAGAACCUGCAACAGCUGCAACAGCAACAGCUGCAACACCAGCAGCAGCAACUGCAGCAGCAGCACUUACAGCGACUGCACCAGCAGCAUCAGCAACAGCAAAUGCAGAAUCAGGCAGCGCAGCACAUAACUCAGACACCUCAAGCACUACAGCUUCCAGUUGCAGCCCAGCAGCCACAGCACCACCAGCAGCAGCAGCAGCAACUGCAGCAGCAGCCGCUCUUUGGGCACGAUCCAGCAGUGGAGAUUCCAGAAGAAUAUUUCCUACUGGGCUGUGUCUUUGCAAUUGCUGAUUACCCAGAGCAGAUGUCUGACAAGCAGCUGUUAGCGACCUGGAAACGGAUCAUCCAAGCACAUGGUGGGACAGUGGACCCUACACUCACGAGCAGAUGUACUCACCUUCUCUGUGAAAGCCAAGUCAGUAACAUGUAUGCUCAGGCUUUAAGAGAAAGGAAGAGAUGUAUUACAGCACACUGGCUGAAUGCAAUCUUGAAGAAGAAGAAGAUGGUCCCACCUCAUCGAGCCCUUCAUUUUCCAGUGGCAUUUCCUCCAGGAGGAAAGCCAUGCUCUCAACAUAUAAUCUCUGUGACAGGAUUUGUUGAUAGUGACAGAGAUGACCUCAAGCUUAUGGCCUACCUAGCAGGUGCCAAAUACACAGGCUACCUGUGUCGCAGCAAUACAGUUCUCAUCUGUAAAGAGGCCAGCGGGUUGAAGUACGAGAAGGCCAAGGAGUGGCGGAUCCCGUGCGUGAACGCGCAGUGGCUCUGUGACAUCCUGCUGGGCAACUUCGAGGCUCUGCGGCAGAUCCAGCACAGCCGCUACACCGUGUUCAACCUCCAGGACCCGCUCUCUCCCAGCCAGCACCUCGUGCUCAACCUGCUGGAUGCUUGGAGAGUGCCAUUAAAGGUGUCGCCAGAACUUCUAAUGGGUGUGAGGUUGCCUUUGAAACCAAAGCAAAAUGAAUCCAGUCUUCAGCCGUCUUCCAAAAGAGCAAGGAUUGAAGACCUGCCACCACCUACUAAAAAACUCACCCCUGAGCUGACACCAAUGGUGCUCUUCACAGGAUUUGAACCUAUGCAAGUGCAACAGUACAUUAAGAAACUGUAUAUCCUUGGAGGUGAAGUAGCAGACUCUGCCCAGAAAUGUACCCAUCUAAUUGCCAGUAAAGUGACCCGAACUGUCAAGUUCCUGACAGCAAUUUCUGUAGUCAAGCACAUAGUAACUCCAGAGUGGUUAGAAGAGUGUUUCAAAUGCCAGAAAUUUGUUGAUGAGCAGAACUUUGUGCUCAGAGAUGCUGAAGCUGAGGUUCUUUUCUGCUUUAGUUUAGAGGAGUCUCUAAAGAGAGCACAAGUAGCUCCACUGUUCAAGGGAAAAUAUUUUUACAUUACACCCGGGAUUUGCCCCAGUCUUUCCACCAUGAAAGCUAUUGUGGAGUGCGCAGGAGGAAAAGUAUUAUCUAAACAACCUUCAUUUCGAAAACUCAUGGAGCACAAGCAGAAUAAAAGUUUGCCAGAGAUAAUCUUGAUUUCCUGUGAAAAUGACCUUCAUUUAUGUCGAGAAUAUUUCGCACGAGGCAUAGAUGUCCACAAUGCUGAGUUUGUCCUGACUGGAGUGCUUACUCAAACACUGGAUUAUGAAUCAUAUCCUUUUUGUGUAAAGACAUUCUACUGCUUAGGGGAGUAUGAUUUCCUAAAAGUUUUUCUCAAUUAG